CCGGCUCACAUCACUUCCCCCCGGACGCUGCUCCUCCAGUGCUCGGUCUAAGCCGCUCUCCUCCGCUAACAUGCUGCUUUGUAACAGCCGGUGUUCGGUGCUGUGUGUCGGCGUCCUCCUCCUGGCUGUAGGGGCAGCGCUGGUGUCUGCUGGUGGAGCGCUGGGCAGAGGCUUUGGAGACAACAUCCACUGGAGAACUCUGGAAGACGGGAAGCAGGAAGCAGCCAGCAGCGGUUUACCAAUCAUGCUUGUGAUCCAUAAAACCUGGUGCGGCGCCUGCAAAGCUCUGAAACCAAAGUUUGCUGAGUCCAAGGAGAUCUCUGAGCUUUCCCAUAGCUUCGUCAUGGUAAACGUGGAGGACGAGGAAGAGCCAAAGGAUGAAGCCUUCAGCCCUGACGGUGCAUACAUCCCUAGAAUUCUCUUCCUGGAUCCCAGUGGACACGUCCGUCCUGAGAUCAUAAACUCCAAAGGAAACCCGAGUUACAAGUAUUUCUACAACGCGGCUGAACAGGUGGUCGACGCCAUGAAGGAAGCUCAGGAAAAACUUACUGGAAGUUUUUUCAAGAACCAGAUUGAAGAUGAGUUAUAACCUCCAGAUUUCUCAUCCAAAACUCUUCCACCCUGAGCUUGCACCCACCCCAGGGGAUAAAGCGGCGUCGCUCUUGGGUCUGGAAUUCGAACCCUCUGGCGCCCCCUUUCUGUGCAGUUCACUAAAAGAGGGUUUUCACGCAUUGUUCAGUAGACAGCCGCACAGAUCACCCCCAUAACUUCACUAGGAGCUCAGUAUUUGCAGUGCAUCGUCAGAAACUGUGAUCUUAGGUACAGAUUUAUUAGCAUCCUGUUACUUCUCCUACAUUUAGAUACUAAUUACUACAUUUACAGAUUGGUUUUUUGCUUUUAACCAGUUCAGUGCCUGGUUGAAUGCUGCUUUCAGCUAUUUUCUUGGCCUUUUGCUUUUGAGAGGUUUUGCUACAAGUCAAUGAUGUAUAAAUUGGUGACUGAUUGAGGUCGUAGGGUUUUACCUGCUGAUUACUUCUGGCCAUAACCCCAGUGGUUCUACUACAGCUGCAGAGGACUUCACCUAUGGUGACCUGGGUUGGGUUUGGUAAAACGGUGGCGUUGUCCGUAUGUGGCGCCUGUAUUAUGGCCGUGUGAGAGAGGCUUGGUCCAUAUUGCGACAGUAGCAGCAAGGAACUGGAUUGUAAGGCAUUGCGUUUCUAUCCUAUGAUCCAGUCCUGAUUGUGGUUCUAAGACUCGCACACGGAGAAGUUAAAUGAGUUAUCCACUCCUUUCAGGCAGACAACGCCCAUUCCCCUAGCAUGGCAAGACCUGCGGAGGGAAUCCUAGUUGCCUAAUCCCCACCCCUCCGGUUUCGGCACCUUCGCUCCCCCCCAUGCCAACAUUUGGUUUGACACUUGAAGCAAUGACUGGCUGCAGCGUUGACAUAUCCCCCAUGCAUCAUGUCAUUGGGUCACGUAAGGCAUGGGCGAUAUGUUGCCACUGCAGCCAUGUGACCUGUUGAUGCGGGGAGAGCUGCAGCAGCCCGAAUCCAGUGGCAGGGAUCAGGCAUGUACGAUUCCCUCUCCAGGUCCAGCUAUACUGAGGGAUCUGCCCGAAAGGUCCCCAGGGGUGAACAACCCCUUCAAGGGGUUGUCCAGGCAUGCUGUCCCAGCGCAGUCUGAUGUUGGGUGUCGAGGGACGCAACUGCAAACUGGGAAGUACAGUUGCCAUCGCCAGUGGGACUGUAUGAAGCCCAGUAGGGAGCAGUGCACGGUACUCACUGGAAGUGAUAGAACUGCCUUGGCUCCUGUACUGCCCAGUUGCAUCCCUCGGAUCUAAGGUUGAGAGGGAGAGCCUGCCUGAACAACCCCUUUAAUACAGCGCAUAAGGCCUCUUGCACACGAACGUUGUGUAUCCGUUCCUUGCAUUGGGGACCACAAUUUGCGGUCCCCAAUGCACGGGCAAUGUCCGCGCCGCGG